UGGUAUGUGUUGUCUGUGUUGUUGUUUGACUGGUGAGAGUCGGCUAAUACUUCGCGGAUGAAGAAAACGUGACAACCGUUUAGUGAUAAAGUCGUUUCAUAUUAUAUACCCAAUGUUUAUAGCAAUAAUCAUGUGAAAUGUUGCCAUUAAACCAAACAAAUGGAUUUUUCUAUUAAAAAAUUGAUAUAAACAUAAAGUGAAAGUAACCCAUACUAAAGGAAACUGGUAUUUGAGGCAUACAUUUCCCUCUCUGGUGUAAUGUCUGUGAAACAAUGUGAAGGACUUUUGCAGCAAAUCCAAGGACUCGACUACUAAUGAGGAGUCAAUUUCUAACUGAUUUUUUUGCAUACAAAUUGUUACUGACGUCGAUAUUCAAUGUCUGACUGAUUAACAAAACGACUGAUCACUUAUUUUGUAUAACAUAUGUAUUGAAUUUAUUUUCUUGGUUUAACUAAUUAACUGAUUGUUUUAAUCAAUUGUGUGAUAUGUAUAUAACAGAAAAUAGUAUCCCAUAAAAUGGGAAUAAAUUAAGUUACGACUAUUAUGAAAUAUAAUUGUUGUCCAGGUUUUCGUUAACUUAUAAAAUAUAUAAUAUAGUGUGAUAUGCAAAGUGUGAUAUAAUUUUAUUUACUAAAUAAUGUCCGUAAUAUCAGUUGGCAAAUGUAUGACAAGUAGAUUGCAAUUAGCGGUCAAUCGACACAAUAUAUGGUGCAAAACAUUGAAACAAUUGGAUGAAAGCAAUCAUCACAAACUGACAUUCAGGUCAUACCAUAAUUACGGUGACAACAGUAAUACCAGUAAUACUAGUGAUGACAAUCACAGCACCGGCAGAUCAGCCAAAAAACAAAGACCUGACUCAUCGCGUUCUGAGCACUGGUAUACCGAUUAUCCCAUAUCACUGAUAGGCAAACGCCAGUCACCCAUUAAUAUUCAAACAAACAAAUGUCUGCUAAAUAAUAGAGAUCUUGAGUUAAAGCCAUUAAUUAUUAAAUAUCCAAAAGAGUUGACUGAUUUGGUCCUAAAGAAUCCAAGAGAUGACAAAUUCUUCGGUUGGAGAGUUGAUGUCUUCAAUGAAAAUGAUAUUUCAACACUAAGUGGUGGACCACUUGAUCACAACUACCGUUUGGCACAAUUUCACUGUCAUUGGGGAAAGUCAUGCAACUGUGGCUCUGAACACACCAUUGAUGACAAACAAUACUCGGCUGAAUUGCAUUUUGUCUUCUGGAACACCGAUUUAUAUACCAGUCCUCAGGAGGCACUCCAUUCACCACAUGGUCUGUCAGUUUUAGCCGUAUUUCUUGAAUCUUGUGAUAAACCAAAUGAAGAGAUGUCAAAAUUGACUCAACUUAUGCCACAAAUUACAUAUAAGGGUCAGAAGAUUGUCGUCAAAGAAGCCAUUAAUAUCUCAAAUCUGUUGCCAACUGAGCGCUCGUAUUGGACUUACAGCGGGUCUCUGACAACACCACCUCUUUGGGAAACAGUUGAGUGGAUUGUCUUCAAACAUCCGAUCCGUUGUACUCAACAACAGAUCGAUACAUUUCGACAAUUGUCUUAUUAUUCAUUAUCUGAUGGACAGUCAUAUGAAGCUAAUGGUUAUGAAUGCAAUAUUAACGACAAUUAUCGGACACAACAACCACUAAAUGAUCGGACAGUUAUUUUUGUUAAUAAAAGCAAAUCAAUUAACUAA